GGAGGCUGCGUGCAGUAAAAAUGGCAGAAGCUGUAGACUUCCUGAAUCAGGAGCAGUUCAGCUGUCCGAUCUGUUUGGAUCUACUGAAGGAUCCAGUGGCUAUUCCCUGUGGACACAGUUACUGUAUGAGCUGCAUUAACAGCUACUGGGAUAAGGAGGAUCAUGAUGAAGUUUACAGCUGCCCCCAGUGCAGACAGACCUUUACGCCAAAGCCUCUUUUGAAUAUAAACAUCAUGUUGUCUGAAGUGGUUGAGAAACUAAAGAAGAAAACAUUUCAAGACUUUUCUCCUGCUGACCAUUAUGCUGGACCUGGAGAUGUGGAGUGUGACGUCUGCACUGGGAGAAAACACAAAGCUGUCAAGUCCUGCCUGGUGUGUCUGGCCUCUUACUGUGAAACUCACCUCCAGCCUCACUAUGAGUCUCCAGCUUUUAAGAAGCACAAGCUGAUUGAUGCCACUGGACAUCUGCAGGACAAAGUCUGUCCCCACCAUGAAAAACCCCUGGAGGUCUACUGCCGCACCGACCAGCAGUGUAUCUGUUAUCUCUGUACCAUGGACAAACACAGAGGCCAUGAUAAUGUCUCAAUCACCACAGCAAGAACUGAGAAUGAGAGACAGCUCAGGACAACACAAAAGACAAUUCAACAGAGGAUCCAGCUGAGAGGCAAGGAGUUGCUGGAACUGAGAAAGGCUUUGGAGUCGCUCACAUGCUCGGCACAGACGGCGGCGAAGGACAGCGAGAGGAUGUUCAAUGAGCUGAUAGACUCUGUCAGGAGGAAAUGCUCGGAGGUGAAAGAGCUGGUGGGAGACCAGGAGAAGACAGCAGUGAUUCGGGCCAAAGGGUUGGUGGAGAAACUGGAGCGGGAUAUUCUACAGCUGAAGAAGAGAGAGUCGGAGCUGGAGAAGCUCUCACAAACUGAGGAUGACAUCCAUUUCCUUCAGCAUCACCCGACUCUCUGCGCUCUCCCUGGGACGGGGGUCUUACCCACAACGCCAGUCAAUCAGAAGCAGUGCUGUUUCAGGGCUGUGAGCGCCGCCGUGAAUAAGCUGAAGGACAAACUGAGGGACAAGCUGGAAGAGGAGUGCAAGGAGAUCCUGGAAAUGAUUACGGAAGAAGGACCCACAACCAGAGAGGAGUUUCUGAAAUAUGCCUGCCGGAUCACACUGGACUCCAACACUGCAAAUUCUGGCCUCGCCUUAUCCUGCGGGAACCAGAGUGUCAGCACGGGGAACCAAAGGUCAUACCUCCGGCACCCGGAGAGAUUCACCUCCUGCCCCCAAGUGCUGUGUAGAGAGGCUCUGUCUGGCUGCUGCUACUGGGAGGUGGAGUGGGACGGCAAAGACGGGGUAGACAUUGCGGUCGCAUACAAAAGCAUCUGCAGGAGUGGAGUCGGUGAAAACUUCAGGCAAGGGAGUAAAUCCUGGAGUUUGCACUGCACUCAGUCUGGCUACCAGUUUUACCAUAAUAACGAAAAUACUGCUAUUUUGGGUCCAUAUGCUCCCAGGAUCGGGGUGUAUCUGAAUUAUAAGGCAGGAAUUCUCUCCUUCUACAGCAUCUCAAACACCAUGACCCUCCUGCAUAGGGUUCGAACAACGUUCACCGAGCCCCUCUAUCCUGGGUUUUCGUUGCAUACUAAAUUAUUUUUCAGCCAAUUUGCUGCAGGAGAAUUAAAUAGUAUUAGAAGAGCUACAGUUAAAAUAGUAGAUAUUUGCUGAUGCUAUAGUCAGUUUUCAUUAAAUAUUACAUUGGAAGUAUAAUAAAUAUAUUACUAUAUUAUUAUAUAAUAAAUAUAAUAAAUGAAACAUACAUUUAGGAAUUGUCUUUAACAGCUAACAGAAAUAUAUUCGUUCCAUAGGGGUCUCUUUCCUACGGAGCCCCUCCAAAUCCCUAAGGUGAAAUUUUGUCGUCUUGUACGCACGUGUUACUUAUCUGAUUAAAAAAUCACCAUAUGGAACUUUAUCGGCUUCGUAAAUUCCAGACUUAAGGUUUGCAAAAUGUUUCCAUGUUUAAAAUUUCGUCUCCGAAAAUUCCAACUUGUAAAAUUAAUUAGGAGCAAAACAUACAUAUGGAAGCGUAGGCCUAUAAGAGCAGUACAUGAAACAUUCUGCGCUCUGUGACAGGUAUUUUCUGCGAAAAAUAAAAUGAAAAUUAUAAAAUGAAAAUACAAUCUCCACUUUGCC